GCUCAUCUCGACUGCCGCAGAAUAAUCCCUUUUGUUGUUCGCGGAUGUGACGAAGAGGCCUGGAGCUUCCACCAAAUUUUUUUUCCAGAUGGACAGUUACAAACCUGGCGAGGAACCUUUGCUUGGAGAAUGCGAGAAGCAGUCAGGGAGCAGCCACACAGCAUUCCAUCCCCCUCGGCCAGCGCCUCCGACGAAAUGGCAGCGGGCGUGGGUUAUCUGUCAAGUGCUGUUAUUUGGAGCGAAUCUCAUCAUAUUGCUCUUCUGGUUGACGCAUAAGUCCAAGUCUGAUACCACGCCAACAAGCAUGCGCCGCCAGUUUGAACUUGAGGGUGCACCUACGAAGGAGAAGAUAGUCACUUGGGAUACCAGGCUUGACCGGAAUUUUUCCUACACUUCCAUGGACCCUGUUGAAGCGGAUCGUGCAUGGAACCAGAUCUCAUUGGCUGAUGGUCAGGGAUACGUGAAGUUGUCCAAAGAGCAACUCAAGAAGUUGAACAAGUAUUCGCCGAGCUCCGUCGCCGCAGCGGAUGGGUCGGGAUAUCUUGCUCUUGUCGGAGUGUUCCAUCAGCUUCAUUGCCUGGAUUAUCUUCGCAGAACCAAUGCUCUGUAUUCGCAUCUCUACGAAGAGAUGUGGGAAUAUUACCUGAUUCCGCCGGAGCUCCACAUACCUCAUUGUAUCAACCUCCUUCGAUUGGCACUCCAAUGCCACGGCGAACUCACGGUGACGACGCACAACUGGGCAGAUGGCUGGAUCGAGCCAUGGGAAGACUACAUAACACAACACCAGUGUCGCGACCACGAUGCCACCGUGGAAUGGGCGAAAAAGAACAAUGGUCAGACACCCUAUACUUACAUACACCCAGAGCUUGGACCAGUCUAUAGUGAUUACAGUGAUGUUCUCUCUAUACCUGUGGACAGGGAAGUGCGAUUCAUCCCGGAUCUUUCUUACAGCGACUAGGCGCAACUUCUUGGGGCCAUGCAAUAAGAGCUGAAUAGUACGCUUCUGAAUACAGUCUCUUCAGUGUCGUGCUUGGGACGAGAGUAGCGAUAAAGUGUUGAUUGACUGUCCGUCAAGGAAGGUAUCUAUAUGCUGGGCGGCAGUGCGACUGCGGCUACCGUAACGUGGAUUGUAUCGAGGAAACAGACUAAAGAUAUCAAAAGUCUCUCUUGUAGUGCUAGCUACUUUACUGAUUGCCAAGUCUAUGCUCUGCCG